UAGAGUCUGACAGAGCCAGUAAGAAUAGUUUACAACCUUUUUGGCCUUGAUACUUGUGACUAGAGAUGUAAAUCAAGGAUCAUUUAUUGCCAUUAUACAACACACGGUUGCACAACGAUUAGUUGAUUUACAGAAAACUAGUUGACAUCUUGUCGAUUCCUCGUUUAAGCCUUUUUCAUCUAAUGGGUCCAGUUUCUCAGAUGUGAUUUUAUUUCUUCUACACUGGAGUAAUUUGAAGAUCGCUUUGCUUCACAUUUAGUUCAGUGUCGGUUUAGAUCGUGUGAUAUGGUUCCUCCAUAUCUGCACAAUAAAGUAGUACCAUGCGGUUUACUACAUUCCUCUACAAUAAAAUAGCCUGUAUCCAUCACUGGCGUAGGAUUAAGGAAAUACCCAAUUUCUUUACUGCACUAUGUUUUGCAAAGCAGUGUAGAGGUUGCGUUCUCGACAGUUGAUCGUAAAAGUAAGCAGUUUAUUUAUAUACUGAAUGACAUUGUUUCCUUUUCUGUGAAACUGAUUUAUAUUUGAUCUGUUAAAACUUGGUGAAGUUUAGUUGUCAAACACGUACACUCAUUGUUUAAUAACAACAUGUUCCUCUUAUUCACCGUGCUGAUUAAUCUCUAAUACAACAGCCAUUAUUUAUUUCAUUUGACUAUAAAAUCCAGAUAAUAAAGAAAUAUGUAACAUGUCAGAAGAGGUCAAGAAGCCACGGGUUCAUAUAACGGACCUCCUCUCAAUUUAAGGAGAAAACAAACAAUAACAACAACAAUUUUUCAUUGUUACUCUCAUUUACGACUUGGAGACUCGAAAACACGAGUUGAUGUAAUAGCCCGUGAAGGCAGCACGUGUUAUGUUAUUGUCCUCCAGUUGACAGUCACUUUCAGUCAGUUUGGACUUUUGCUUUGUGAAUUAACUGCAUGUAACUUAUGAAUCCGUGCACAACCACGUCUGCUUAAACCAACACCCGAGAACGUUAAAUGUAUUGUAUAAUUAUAUUUAUUAUUAACUGUCUUCAAAUGCAAUUCUGUCCACGUGGCGUCGCUGCAAGAACAGUUAUGCACGUGAAAUGUAUCGUCAACAUCCGGCGACACGUCUCCCCAACACAUCACCGGAGCGUCUGAUAAAUCUUUAUUUAUUUAAACCUCUCCAGACUUUUUAUUAACAGACAAUGCUGCUACUUUGACACUGUGUGACUGUGAGAAGGGAGUUUUAAGUGCAGUUAACUCGUGGUGCUUUACAAAAGCUUCAAAUGGGGGAAGUGAGGAAGCUGCAGAAGAAACUGAGACAGAUUGGAAGUCUGGAAAUAAAAAUCAGUCUUUCCCCAGAGGAGAGAUUCAAGAUCUCCAGGAAGGCGGAGCUGCGUUCCAGAUUGGCUGAGCUUCAGCUGCAGCUUUCUGGCCCGCAGCAAACUCUGGGGAUUGUGGCAGACGGAAAACAGGAGAAGAUGAAAAGACAAGUGGAAGAUGCCCCCGAGGCCCUUCCAUCACAAACGCCUCCAGCCUCCAAGAUCCUGAAGGGAGAAGAGAAGUCCAAAGCUCAAGCAACGCCAGCACCGGCUGCCAGGCAGAGGGAAGCAGGCGGGGGAGCAGAGAUAGGCAGGCGGCAGGAAAGGACGGCGCAGGCCAAGGUGUCAGAUCACUGCAGAGACGUCUCAGGAGACGGCGCAGGCUCUGCCACGGAGCAGCUACUGCGGCAGCAAGAAGCUGCAUUUGCAUCCCUCAAAUCGUCCUGGGAGAAGGCGAAGUUUCGCUUGAGGCUGCUGGAGGGUCACAACGACAUCGUCACCUGCGUGGUUGCUGUUGACAACUUGGUGGUUUCUGGAAGCCGAGAUACGACGGUGAAGGUGUGGCACGUUCCCACGGCAACAGAGCACAAGAACCUGGGUGGUCACACCGGCGGGGUCACCUGUCUGUCUGCGCCUCCCUCUGAGUACUGCAAGAAGCUGGCCUCGUCCCUGUCUCUGUCCGAGAAGGAGAGGUUUAUUUUGAGUGGCUCUGCAGACUGCAACGUGAAGAUCUGGGCCCUGAGCAUUGGGCAGUGUGUUAAGUCUAUCUACACGUUCAACGCUGUGACUGCACUCUGCUUUGUGCCAGAGGAGGACGGCUACAUCAUCACUGGAUCAGACGGGGGGAAAGUUCAAGCCUGGAGCUGGCACACUUUCGAAAACUGCCAGUCAAUCAACGCUCACCAGGAAGCGGUCACCUCCAUCCAGUCUCAGGGUCCGCUGGUGUUCAGCGGCUCGGCCGAGGGUGGGGUGUCUGUGUGGGAGAACCGGUGUUCGGAUCGAGACCCCCUCAAGCUGCUGCACCACUGGGGUGAGCAGGUGACGGGCUGCGGUGGGGGGCCGGGCGGGCGUCUCACCCUCAGCCCGCGGGGAGACACAGUGUUCCUGUCUUACGGUCGAGCCUGGCUGAAGAUCCUGCACUGGAGGACCGGAACCAUGUCCAGGCUGACCAAUCACAACAGCAUCACCGGGGUAACAGAUUGUGUCCACCAGACAGGAGGCCUCCUAAUUGGCUCGUGCUAUGACCUGGCGAAUGGAGAGAGCUCGCUAAACCUGUUCUCCCUGCCUCAGUGUCACUACCUGGCCUCUCUGACCUGGCCCGAUGCUCCCAGAAUCCUCUGCUUUGCGUCGUGGACCACGGGGAGCGGAGUCCACCGGUGGGUCACCGGAGGUCACGACCUCAUCGUAUGGGAGCAGCUCCCCAGUUCUGGGAAGCUGAGGGGGGAUGUCACAGUGAGGAGAGACAGUCGGUUGGAGUCCUGUUUGCUGGAAUCAGAGGGGGACACGGAGGAUGACGAGGAGACGGACGAUUUCGAGGACGAAGAUGAUGACAAUGAAGCCAAAGACGGAGCGGACGACGGAGGGUCCGGCUCGUGGUUGCGCUGCGUUCUCCAGUGAGCGGCCUGCAGCGAUGAAGAGGAAAUGAGAGGGCGGGAGAGUAGUGACAGGGAGGGAGGGUGCAGGGGAGUGAAGUGUGACAGACUGGGUGUCGGCGUCGGAGGAGGAGGAGGAGGGAGCGUAUGGAUGGAGAUGUGUGUGUGUGUGUGUGAUAGGCAGAUUGUUUUCUAUGUAAAUAUUAUUUCCACACAAUAAAGCUGUCACACUGUGACUCUCACCUCCACAUUUGCAUCUCUUGUUGCCUCUUCUUUAUUUCCUUCUGACCCUGCCUCUUCCUCAAACAGCAGUUCGGCGCCCUGCCCGGCCGGUGCAACCUGUAGAGAGAUGAUCGGAGGAGCGGAGUCUCAGUGAACAGAGCGAAG